UUGAGAAGAAGAAACAGAAAAACUGGGGAAGUUAGACAAAUAGGGAGAGACCUGUUACAGGUCAUGAGGCCAGUUAAUGAUUAGUGAGACCCGAGUGGGCGUUUAGUGUUCAAAACUGUGAGAGCCUGGGUUAUGAGAUCUCUUUGUCAUUAGGGGUCGGCUUCACCCCAGCUCUGAGACUUCCAGCUCAACGAUGGCCCCAGACCCCUGGGAGGGCUGCUUCUGGUCAUGGGGGCUUCUUCUGUGGCUCAGUGUUGGAAGUACAGGAGAUGCACCUCCUACCCCACAGACAAAGUGCACUGACUUCCAGAAUGCUAAUCUUCUCCAAGGCACCAAUCUCAAAGCCCACUUUCUCCUCUUCACGCCUUCUGAUCCUCUCUGUGGGCAGCUUGUGGAAGAAAGUAGUGACAUCCGGAACUUGGGGUUCAAUGCCACUCUAGGAACCAAGCUAGUUAUCCAUGGAUUCAGGGCUUUAGGAACAAAGCCUUCCUGGAUUGACAAAUUCAUCAGUGCCCUUCUGCAGGCAGCAGAUGCUAACGUGAUCGCUGUGGACUGGGUUUAUGGCUCUACAGGUGUCUACUUCUCAGCCGUGGAAAAUGUGGUUAAGCUGGGACUCGAGAUCUCCCGUUUCCUCCGUAAACUCCUGGUGCUGGGUGUGUCAGAGUCCUCAAUCCACAUCAUUGGUGUCAGCCUGGGGGCCCAUGUAGGGGGCAUGGUAGGACAUUUCUACAAAGGCCAGCUGGGACAGAUCACAGGCCUGGACCCUGCUGGACCGGAGUACACAAGAGCCAGCCUGGAGGAGCGCCUGGACCCUGGGGACGCCCUCUUUGUGGAAGCCAUCCACACAGACACGGACAAUUUGGGUAUUCGGAUUCCUGUUGGACAUGUGGACUACUACGUCAACGGAGGCCAAGACCAACCCGGCUGUCCCACCUCCAUUUCUGCAGGCUACAGUUAUCUGAUCUGUGAUCACAUGAGGGCUGUGCACAUCUACAUCAGUGCCCUGGAGAAUUCCUGUCCAUUGAUGGCCUUUCCUUGUACCAGCUACAAGGUCUUCCUUGCUGGACACUGUCUGGAUUGUUUCAACCCUUUUCUGCUUUCCUGUCCAAGGAUCGGACUGGUGGAACAAGGUGGUGUUAAGAUAGAGCCACUUCCCAAGGAAGUGAAGGUCUACCUCCUGACCACUUCCACGGCUCCAUAUUGCGUGCAUCACAGCCUUGUGGAGUUUUACUUGCUGAAGCUGAGAAACCAGGACACCUGCAUCACGGUCACCUUCCUUAGCAGCAGUGUCACCUCCUCGGUCACGAUCACCAUACCUAGACAGCAACGCCACGGGAAAGGAAUCAUAGCUCACCCCAGCCCUCAGUGCCAGAUAAACCAGGUGAAACUCAAGUUUCAGCCUUCCAACCGAGUUUGGAAAAAAGACCGGACUAUCGUUAUCGGGAUGUUCUGCACUGCUCCUUUGCCCGUCCAUGACAACCUCCACUGGUCACAGUCAUGGGUGUGGAUCCAGAAUCCCUGUCCCCUUUACCCCACCUCUAGUAGGCAUUUAGAGUAUUAGUCUUUCCACACCUGGCCCUCGGAGGACAGGAGUGGGCUCCUGGUAAUCCAAGAGUAAUCAUCCCAUAGACGAUUGUAGAAUUCUUUCACCUGACAUCACCGAAACACAGGCGCACGCAACUCUGAGCCCUCUCUCCCGACCAAUCAGGAACCUGCCCUGAGGACACACCCUCUUGUUGCUCUUCUCUUGCAGUAGAAGGACCGUCUGCUUACCUGAGCCAGUGAACUUACAAGCAAGUGAGACUGUUUCUCAUGACCUGAAAAUAACCUGUAUAUAGUUAUAUAAGGGCAGGAUACAUCUCCCUGGAUUGGGGGUGGCGGUUCAACUUAUUCUAAGCUAUUACUACUAAGAAAGAACACAAAAAUCUUGGUUAUUUUCCCCAUAAUUAGCUACCUUAGAGAGGAGAGAGAGCUCAUUUUACAGAGCUUUAUCUCCAUUGUGAAUUUAAAGAAGCUUACAGAGAUACCAUUUCAACUUUCCUAUUCAUACUUAACUGCAAUUGCCCCAUAUCCUUGGACAUCUGUACCUAGGAUUCAACAGAAACAUAUACAGGAAAAAGGCUCUUUUUUUUUUUUUUCAAAUAAAACUCCAUGGAAUAUCUGAA